ACUCUGGACUCCGCCCAUCCAGGAAGAGGAAGGCAAACAGACGACUGCUUCGGGAUUUUUCACAAAAUGGACCUGGAGAAACUCAGCUGUUCGAUCUGUUUGGAUCUCCUGAAGGAUCCGGUGACUAUUCCCUGUGGACACAGCUACUGCAUGAACUGUAUUAGAAGCCACUGGGAUGAAGAGGAUCAGAAGGAAACUCACAGCUGUCCUCAGUGCAGACAGACGUUCAGACCGAGGCCUGACCUGGUGAGAAACACCAUGUUUGCAGAUUUAGUGGAGGAAGUGAAGAAGACCAGACUUCAAUCUGCUCCAGCUGAUCUCUGCUAUGCCGGACCUGGAGAUGUGUCCUGUGAUUUCUGCACUGGGAGAAAACUGAAAGCUGUCAAGUCCUGUCUGCAGUGUCUGGUCUCUUACUGUGAGCAACACCUCCAGCCUCACUAUGACGUCGCUGCAUUGAAGAAACACAAGCUGGUCGAUCCGUCCAGGAAGCUUGAAGAGAACAUCUGCUCUCGUCACAAUGAGGUGAUGAAGAUCUUCUGCCGCACUGAUCAGCAGUGUAUCUGUUAUCUCUGCUUAAUGGAUGAACAUAAAGGCCACGACACAGUUUCAGCUGCAGCAGAACGGAAGGACAAGCAACGGGAGCUCGCAGCAAAUCGAGACAAGAUCCAGCAGAGAAUCAAAGAAAAAGAAAACAGCGUGAAGGUGCUGCAGCAGGAGAUCGCCGAGCUGAGGAGGAUCAGCUCUGAGCUGGAGCAGCUCUCACACACAGAAGACCACAUCCAGUUUCUACACAACUACACACUGCUGUCAGCUGCCAGCGAUGCUCGUCCUGUAAAGCACACGGAGGGCGUGGCAGCAGCUGUGUCGGACACCACAGACGAGCUGCAGGACUUUCUGGCUGAAGAGGAGAGCUCACAGAUGGCUCAACUGAGUGAUGAAAAGCGCAAAGAAUAUCCAAAGACCAGACAUGAGUUCUUCAAAUAUUCAUGUAAAACCACACUGGAUCCAAGUACGGCACAUGAAUACAUCCAGCUUGAGGGUAAAUUCAAAGCAAAGAAUAGUUUUGUUCGUAAACUCCCACACCCAGACAGAUUCACUGACUGGCCUCAGGUGUUGUGUAGAGAGAACAUGACUGGCCGUCAUUACUGGGAGGUGGAGUGGAAGGGACCAGAGGUUUUUAUUGUUGUCUCAUCCAAAAGUAUCAGCAGAUCAGGAGCAGAAAGUGCAUUUGGAAACAACAACAUCUCCUGGGCAUUACAGUGUUUCUGUGAUGGUUAUGAAUUCAGAUGCAACAACUACAGAACCUACAUCCCAGGUCCUCCGUCCUCCAGAAUUGGAGUCUAUCUGGAUCUGGAUCUGCAGAAAAGAGGCCUCCACAGUAUUCUGUCCUUCUACAGCAUCACUGACACCAUGACUUUAAUCCACAGAGUCCAGGACACAUUCAACUGGCAACUCUGUCUUGGAUUUGGCUUAUCUGAGGGUGCUUCUGUUGAAAUCUGUAAACUUUCCAAGGCAUGAAGACAAAAGUCACUCAAGUUAUUUGGGGGUAUUUCUUGUUUUAAACCUGUUUAAUGACACAAACACAGUAACGUGAUAUUUUCUGCCAGUCAGGAUUGUAUUUGAAAGUUGAUGUUAAUAACAAAUGGCAUCAAAAAUCACAUCUUCAUCAGUCAACAAAGGAAAAAAAAAAAAUACACGCACAACAUAUUAAAUUGAACUUCUUUGAUUUUUCUCUUUUUUCUUUCUUUCUUUCUUUUUUAAAUCUUUAGCCUGCUGUAACCAUUUUAGCUUGAUCAUCGACUUGUUUGUUGGUCUGUACGGUUCCUCUGAAUGGUCUGUGUUUGGAUUGUAAUGUUAAUGACGUUCUACUAACCUGAAAUAAAUAAUUAACCCCCUUUUUCCUCAA